CUGAUAGCUGCUGAGUUUUUCCUGUUGUUUUUCGUCAAUGCGACUGUCACCUGGGAUGGCAACAUCAAUGAUCCAAACCUUUUUCUUUUCCACAACUGUGAUGUCUGGUGUGUUGUGUUCCAGAACUUUGUCAGCCUGGAUUUGGAAGUCCCACAGUAUCUUUGUAUGCUCAUUUUCCAAUACUUUUGCAGGUUUGCGAUUCCCACCAGUUCUUUACUGCUGGGAGGUGGUACUUGAGGCAUAAGUUCCAAUGGAUCAUAUGGGCCACGUAGUUGUGCCUCUGUUUGUAGUCUGUCUGUGCGAUUUUCUUACCGCAGCUGAGGAUAUGAUCAAUGGUUUCGUCGGUUUCCUUGCACAGUCUGCAUUUUGGGUCAUCAGCUGAUUUUUUGAUCUUGGCCUGAAUUGCCUUUGUCCUGAUGGCUUGCUCCUGGGCUGCAAGGAUCAGGCCUUCUGUCUCCUUCUUCAGGGUCCCAUUCGUGAGCCAGAGCCAGGUCUAUUAUUAUUAUUAUUAUUAUUAUUAUUAUUAUUAUUAUUAAUAUUACUACUACUACUACUACUACUACUAUUGCAAGAACGUUUGAGUCCAAACGGAGGAAAGGAGGGAAAAGAGAGCAACAGAAGGUAUUUCUUUUUAUUCCUAAGGAAACAAAAAUGAGGUGGGCUUUUUUGGGAGGGGGAGAGAAGUUUUAAAAAGCCCUUUCUGACUACUUUUAGAGUUUGAAAAAGGGAGAAAGAAAAGAGGUGGGAAAGGGCAGGAGAAAAGAGGACAAAGUUGUUUUUAGGGGGACUUUGUUUUGAGAGGAUUUGCAAAGGUUUCAGGGGGAAAUACACAUGUGAAAUUAGUAUAUAUAAUGAUAGAUCUAUAUCUAGCUCUGCAUUAUGUAGGCAUUAUAUGUUUGCCUGUUACUAUGUUGGAAGCUGGCCUGAGUCCCCAGGGGAGAUAGAUAGGGCAGGGUACAAAUGAAGCUGUUGUUGAUCAUGAUGAUUAUUAUUAUAAAGUUAUUGUUGCUUUUUCACUUAUAGAGUUAGUUUACUGUUUUUCUUUGAAAUACAGUAAAUAUUCAAAACAUUUAACCCACUGAUGCUUCAAUUAAUAUAAUUUUAUUGGUAUCUAAUUUUAUUUUUGAAAUUUACCAGUAGCUGCUGCAUUUCCCACCCUCGGCUUAUACUCGAGUCAAUAAAAUACUGGUUAUGUUUAUGUUGGUUAAAAUUGAUCAUCACUUUAAAUAUUGUAUUGUUAGAUUGCUGUGAGUAGAUCAAUAGGUACCACUCCAGCAGGAAGGUAACAGUGCUCCAUGCAGUUAUGCCGGCCACAUGACCUAGGAGGUGUCUACAGACAACGCCGGCUCUUCAGCUUAGAAAUGGAGAUGAGCACCAACUUCUGGAGUCAGACAUGACUGGACUUAAUGUCAGGGAAAAACCUUUACUUAGGUUGCUGUGAGUUUUCCGGGCUGUAUGGCCAUGUUCCAGAAGCAUCCUCUCCUGACAUGUCACCCACAUCUAUGGCAGGCAUCCUCAGAGGUUGUGAGGUUUUGUUAGAAACUAGGCAAGUGAAGUUUAUAUAUCUGUGGAAUGUCCAGGGUGAGAGAAAGAACCCACCUGUUUGAGACAAUUGAUUAGCAUUGAAUAGCCUUGAGCUGCAAAGUCUGGCUUCUUCCUGCCUGGAGAAGUCCUUUGUUGGGAAGUGUUAAGAUAAAUGGAGAAAAUGUGUGUAAAGCUGGUGUUUCACCAAUAAGCGAUGCUGUCUUCCAUUACGGAUUUGUUCCAGGGCACAUCUUGCCAUGCAGCCUGUUUCCUGGGCAGCACCCAGAACUGGGUGGCAUUGCUCCAAGAUUUGUCAGUGUGACUCUAGGAGUGUCGAGAGUUGAGGAAAAAUGGAUCAUAAGACCUUCCAUAUGAUGUCCUUUGUGUAAAUCUGGGAACUCACAGGGCAUCUCUCAUACACAAAUUCAACACAAGGCUCUGUGGGGCCCCAGUGUGAAGUAGUCAGUUCAAAUUAGCAGUGUUUCGACCUGUCAAGACAGUUAAUCAAAAGUCAGCCUACGGAGGAGUAACUUGCACUUUGUCCUAGAAACCCAGCGAAAGCAUGGAACUUGGCAAACCGUCAAGCCGAGCUCUGUCCCGCAGGAAUGAUCUAAAGCAGAGAAGAUUUUGACAGUCGGUCUAGCGCUGAAAACAAAAAAAGGCAGCUUUCACCUGGAGGAUUUCCACUCUGAUCCUACAAAGGGCAGCUGGGGUUGGGCUGGAGCUAAAUGGAGCCGUCGAAAUAUGAAUUGCAAAUUAUUUUAAUUGAAAACCUUGAUUAGGUUGAAGAUGGUGGCUGCUUUUCCUUCCCAGCUGGAACGGAGUAGUGGUUUGGGGUUUUCCGUCAUUUUUUUGUUCUUUCCUGAAAUCACAAGAGAUGUCUUGUCCUCAAAGUGUGUCUAAUCAAGCGGUAAAUCGCAUUGCCAAGAAGUGGCUUGUCUCCCGCCUACCCGCACACCCUCCAGCCAUGAGGCCUCUGCUUUUGCCUGCCUACGUUGUGCUGUUGACCGUCUUCCGAUGCCACGCCGUCAGCUUUCCCGAAGACGACGACCCCAUUAACGUUGUUGACUACCACUAUUCGAGGCAGUAUCCAGUAUUUAAAGGACGCCCUUCAGGCAACGAAUCCCAACACAGGCUGGACUUUCAACUGAUGUUGAAAAUUCGAGACACACUUUAUAUUGCUGGCAGGGAUCAAGUAUAUACUGUAAAUUUAAAUGAAGUUCCUAAGGGAGAAGUAGUUCCAAGCAAGAAACUAACAUGGCGGUCAAAGCAACAGGACAGAGAGAACUGUGCCAUGAAGGGAAAACACAAGGAUGAAUGCCAUAAUUUUAUAAAAGUCUUUGUUCCCAGGAAUGACGAGAUGGUGUUUGUUUGUGGCACGAAUGCAUUUAAUCCCAUGUGCCGUUACUAUAGGUUGAAUACCUUGGAGUAUGAUGGCGAAGAAAUUAGUGGCUUGGCGAGAUGCCCGUUCGAUGCCAGACAAACCAACGUCGCCCUCUUUGCUGAUGGCAAGCUAUAUUCUGCAACAGUCGCAGAUUUCCAGGCAAGCGAUGCCGUUAUUUACCGAAGCAUGGGGGAUGGAUCAGCAUUAAGAACAAUAAAAUAUGACUCAAAGUGGAUAAAAGAACCUCACUUCCUUCAUGCCAUUGAGUACGGGAACUUUGUUUAUUUCUUCUUUCGAGAGAUUGCCAUGGAACAUAAUAAUUUAGGCAAGGCUGUGUACUCCCGUGUGGCCCGCAUUUGCAAAAACGACAUGGGCGGUUCUCAGAGAGUGCUGGAGAAGCACUGGACGUCCUUUCUGAAAGCCCGGCUCAACUGUUCCGUUCCGGGGGAUUCCUUCUUCUACUUUGACGUGCUCCAGUCUAUCACAGACAUCAUAGAAAUCAAUGGCGCCCCUACCGUCGUCGGCGUCUUCACCACCCAGCUGAACAGCAUCCCUGGCUCAGCCGUGUGCGCCUUUAGCAUGGAGGAUAUUGAGAAAGUCUUCAAAGGGAGGUUUAAAGAGCAGAAAACGCCAGACUCCGUUUGGACAGCCGUACCGGAAGAUAAAGUUCCAAGGCCAAGACCUGGCUGUUGUGCCAAACAUGGCUUAGCAGAGGCAUACAAAACCUCCAUCGAUUUCCCAGACGAAACCCUGGCUUUCAUCAAGUCUCAUCCUUUGAUGGAUACAGCUGUCCCAUCUGUCAUUGAGGAGCCGUGGUUCACAAAAACAAGGGUCAGGUAUCGGCUGACUGCCGUGGCCGUGGACCGCUCUGCCGGCCCCUACCAGAACUACACAGUCAUCUUUGUCGGCUCCGAAGCUGGGAUGGUACUUAAAAUUUUGGCAAAGACCAAACCUUUUUCUUUGAACGACAGUGUGCUCCUGGAAGAGAUUGAUGCCUACAAUCAUGCAAAGUGUAACGGGGAUGGCGAAGAGGACAAGAAGGUUGUUUCCCUACAACUGGACAAGGAACACCACGCUUUGUUUGUCGCCUUCUCCAGCUGUGUUAUCCGAGUCCCCCUCAGCCGUUGUGAGCGUCACGGCUCGUGCAAAAAGACUUGCAUUGCUUCCCGGGAUCCUUACUGUGGCUGGUUGAAUCAUGGCACCUGCGGAAGAGUAAAAUCUAGCAUGUUGUUGUCUUUGUUUGUUUCAUACAACCACAGCGUUGGAGGAUAUGAGCAAGAUGUGGAAUACGGCAACACUGCCCAACUUGGGGAAUGCCAUGAAAUUUUGCCUUCUACAACUACACCAGAUUACAAAAUAUUUGGCGAUCCAACAUCUGACAUGGAGUUAUCCUCAGCUUCUCUUACCACAGUGGGAAGUAUCCCUGUUCUCUCACCCAAAGUGGUUGGUUCCUGGAAACCUAAAGUGACUGGCUCUCGGAAAUUUGUAGCCCAAGAUGACCCAAACACUUCCGAUUACUCUGACCCAAUAUCAGGGGUCCCAAAGGGUGUAAGGUGGGAAGUCCAAUCGGGCGAGUCCAACCAAAUGGUACACAUGAAUGUCCUCAUUACUUGUGUCUUUGCUGCCUUUCUUCUGGGAGCCUUUAUUGCAGGAGUGGCCGUAUAUUGUUACCGGGAUAUGUUUGUGAGAAAAUCCAGGAAGAUACACAAAGAUGCCGAAUCCGCUCAGUCGUGUACGGACUCAAGCGGAAGUUUUGCUAAACUGAAUGGUCUGUUCGAUAGCCCCGUCAAGGAGUAUCAGCAGAAUAUUGACUCGCCCAAGUUGUAUUCGAAUCUGUUAACAAAUAGAAAGGAGUUGCCACCUACUGCUGACACAAAGUCUAUGAUGAUGGUGGACCACAGAGGCCAACCACCAGAAUUGGCAGCUCUUCCAACUCCUGAAUCAACACCAGUGCUCCAGCAGAAGACUUUGCAGGCCAUGAAAAGUCAAAUGGACAAAGCCCAAAACAACCUCAGUGCUUCUAGGAAAGAAACACCUCUCAAGAGUCCCCAGUUUUUUCCAUCCAGCCCCCCACCCCAUUCACCUUUAAGUCAUGGACACAUCCCCAGUGCCAUUGUUCUUCCCAACGCCACUCACGAUUACAACAUGUCCUUCUCAAAUUCCAAUGCGCACAAAGCUGACAAAAAGAUGCAAAACAUGGACCACCCACUGACAAAGUCCUCGAGCAAAAGAGACCACCGGCGGUCUGUCGAUUCCAGGAACACCUUGAACGACUUCCUGAAACAUUUAAACGACGCCCCUAACAACCCAAAAGCCAUUAUGGGCGACAUCCAAGUGGCUCACCAGACUUUAAUGCUGGAUCCCAUGGGAAACAUGACCGAGAUCCCUCCUAAGGUCCCGAACAGGGAAGCCUCUUUGUAUUCUCCUCCGUCCACCCUCCCGCGAAACAGUCCAACCAAACGAGUGGAUGUGCCCACGACGCCCGCCGUCCCCAUGACCUCUUUGGAACGACAAAGGGGAUACCACAAAAACUCCUCCCAGCGGCAUUCUAUAUCAGCCCUUCCUAAAAACUUAAACUCACCCAAUGGUGUGCUGUUAUCCCGGCAGCCCAGUAUGAGCCGGGGAGGCUAUAUGACUCCCACGAUGGGCACAAAGAUGGACUACAUGCAAGGGACGCCGGUGAGUGUCCACCUACAGCCUUCCUUAUCGAGGCAAAGCAGUUACACAAGCAAUGGAACGCUCCCUCGGACAGGCAUAAAGAGGACACCCUCCUUAAAACCGGACGUGCCGCCUAAACCCUCGUUUGUUCCUCAAACACCUUCAGUCAGACCGCUGAACAAGUACAGCUACUAAGACUUGCCUUUUCUGAUCAAGGGCUGUGGGAAGUUGUCGCAGAAGGGACAUUGAAACAGAGACUCGCUUGUCAUCCGCAAAGAGAACAAGCGGCCAAAGAUGCUCUUUUAACUCCAGCGACAUCUUGUUCCGCCACGUGCCCGGCCUCUGGCAAGACUCAACUUGCUAAACCUAUUAAAAACAAAGGAAGGUGCUGGCCAUUGCUUUUCUUUUGUCUGGAGCCGAGGAGACAUGUAGCACAAAGGGGACGGUUCUGGAGAGCUGUUCAAAGACCUUGGGGAGGAAAGCGGGAGGAAAAAAAGAGGAUCCGUCAGCAAAAAUACUUGAAAAUAAUAAUAAUAAUAAUAAAGAUAAAAUGGGGUUCAUUCUUAGACUGCCGUAAUGGGUAGUCUUCCCAUGAAAUGUGAACAUUUUAAUAUGUAUGCAUUCGCCUUGCCUCUUGCACAAAUGUCAGAAAAUGAUAAUGUCUCAACAAGUAUGUUGGUUAAUAAGCAACUUGCUGAACUUUGAUCUGUACUCCAACUGUAGCAUUUUUAUUUUCCUCCAAAGGAUGACAUUUUGUUUAUGAUGCAGAUAAAAAGCAGUGGGUUGUGUGUUUGUGUGCGCGCGUGUGUGUGUGGUGUGUGCAUGGGGUGGGUGUGAGUGAGCCAUAAAAGUGAGGAGGUAUUCAGACUCAUUGCAUCCUUGAAGUUAUUGAGAUGUUUACAUUUGAGCAUGACUGAACAACCUCCUGCCUCCAAUCCCGAUGCUUUUAUGCAAAGCACAUUACGGAUCUCGUGAGCAGAUUUUGGCACAAGGCAGCGAAUAGGUACUAUUUGAAGCUUUGGGAGGUAUUAACUCAUGCUGUCGUGAAAUUAAGAUUUCUAAAUUCCAAAUGUAGCAUUCAUGGGAUAUCUAUUGGUACCCAACCAGUCCUUUUAUCCCAUUUAUUGCCCAAGCUGAAGAUGAGUUACUAGUGCUCAGUAUUCUUUGCCCAAGACAGGCACAAUUCCUGCCACAGUCUUUCCUUGUCCCUACAAAAAGUUUUUCUUAGAUAUCUGAAUGAAACAAAAUAAUCAAAGAGCAAAGAAUAGCAACCAAAAGGUUAGUAAGACAUUCCGUAGCAGGAAAGACAAAUAACAAAACGUAUUUUCCGGAUAGUGGUGGCAACCCACCAACAGCAAGAAGGGUAGUUUCAUCCACCCAACAGUCUUUUGCUAAUGGGAAAUAAAAGCCUGAACCCAACCGGUUGUCUCUUGGCACCACGUACACUACGCACAAAAGCUGAGCUCAAGUCAAAAGGAGCUUAUACCUCUCUGCAUCUCCAGAGACUGUUCACACUAUCACCUGCUCAACUUGAACUUUAGAUGUAGAACGUAUGUCAGUUAUGUUUGGAUCAGAGAGACUAUGGGUGUAUCCACACUGCACAAUUUUAGCAUAGGUUGAGCAUCCCUGUUUUGGACCAGAAGUGUUCAUUAAUUUGUUUUUGUUCUGGUUUUUUGUGGAAGAUCUACAUUUGCAUAUAUGUGCAUAAUCUUGAGAUGGGACGAAGUCUGGAUACCAAAUUAAUGUAUGUUUCAUGUACACGUUAUGCACAUACCCUUGACAGUGAUUUUAUGCAAUAUUUUGAAUAAUUUUGUGCAUGAAACAAAGCUUGUCUGCAUUAAACCAUCAGAAAGCAAAUUGUCCAUGUGGACAAUUUCACAUUUUCGACUAUUUCUGAUUUCUGGAUAAAGGAUGCUCAUGUUGUAGUUCCAUAUCAUUUUAACUACCAUUGUUCUAUUAUAUAAAAUCCUGGGAUUUGUAGUCUCUUGUACUCAGAAUUACCUCCAAGACAACACUAAUGCUGUUGCUUAAGGGAGUACACUGGAGCCCCUGAUGGCGCAGCGGGUUAAACCGCUGAGCUGCUGAACUUGCAGACCGAAAGGUUGCCGGUGGGGUGAGCUCCCACUGUCAGCUCCAGCUUCUGCCAACCUAGCAGUUCGAAAACAUGCAAAUGUGAGUAGAUCAAUAGAAGGUAACGGCGCUCCAUGCACUCAUGCCAGUCACAUUGCCUUGGAGGUGUCUAUGGACAACGCCGGCACUUCGGCUUAGAAAUUGAGAUGAGCGCCAACCCCCAGAGUCGGACACGACUAGACUUAAUGUCAGGGGAAAUCUUUACCUUUACCUAAGAGAGUACACUAAAGAAUUCUACGCCUCUCCCCAAAUUACUCAUCCCAGUGUUAUCAAAGUGCUAUAACUGUGCAGUGUAGAUCUUGAGAGAGAGAGAGCGAGAGAAGAGGGAGCAAUAAAUAUGGAGUAGUAGUGCGUUUCCAACAGAAUGAAACACCAAUUGGCCUGGCAGGAUCUGUCCACGACACAUGUCACAAUUCUGCGGACAGUACGCUUAGCAUGUCAUGCCGGUAAUGACAAUAUUGUGUAAAUAAUCUGUGUGAGUUUACCUGGAUCUGUGCAUUUUGUGCCUUAUUCAUGGAAAUGAUUCUUUUUUUUUUUCUUCCUCGGAGAAGAAAAAGAAGAAGCAGCAACUGCAAUUAAAAACCCUGUCAAGUGAUCCCAGUAAUAGCACAUCAUAAUUCCCGGAGUGCCAGCUGUACAUUCUCUCAACAGUUUCCAGAAAAGAUGAAAGCAACCAGGGCGGGGAGAGAGAGGGAUACUGAGCAAGAACAAUUAAUUAACAAUGAAAAGGCAGCCUAGAAGCCAAGGAGACAGCAGCAUUAAAUCAACCUUGCUGUGCUAAACAUUCCACCCCAAACUCGCUUAAAGAUCAAACAGUUAUAAUGUGAAAUCAUAGGAGGGUUCGAGGGUAAUGGAACACCUGCCGCAGCGCACACAGCGCAUUCGUGGGUUGCUACAGUAUGCGUUUGCCACGGAUGUUCAUCACAGAUGGCGAGCUUCCAAAUGAUGCCCGACCACUUGUUUGCUGAACAUUAGCAUUAGCCAACGCAAGGGAAUAAAUAUGAGCCAAUAGGGCAAACACCUUCAGUCCCAAAUGGAGGUUUUUAUUAUAUGUCCCCCUCACUCUGCAAAAAAAUUAUAUAUUUCUUCACUCUUUCUCCCAAAAUAUCCUUGUUCCUUAAUAUAUGCUAUGAUUCCCCCUUUUCCAUUCUGUAUGUCGACCAUUAAAAGGACUUUCACUCCUCCGAAAAUACCGAGGGUCGUUUUAUUUUGCCUAAAAACAUUUCAACCGUGAGACUAAUACGUUUAAAUUCUAAAGACCGAAUCCAAUGACACGACUGAAUUGACGUCCUUUUACAAAUAUUAAUGAAUAAUCCAUACUUGUGUGAUACCAGAACAUAAAUGUUAUGUGAACCCAAAUAACUUUCUGUAACAAUGUGCUGCCUUGUUAGAUGGUAAUGUGAGUCCUCUCAGUAUUUAUGUUGAAAUCUCUUUAACAUUCAACAUAGUCUUGGUUCUGUUAAUUUAUAAUUUUUAUGUUGGGUUUGGGAUCAUUUUUUUAAAGAAAUGCUUUAUCCAUUUGUGCAAAGGUAAAUGCAGAUUGUAUCUUUUUUAAUGGUACAGCUUAAAAAAGUAACCCUAAAAAAAGCUGCUCUAUACGGUCUAUAGAGUACUUUAACAUGUAUAGAUAUCUUGUAAACUUGUAUUGUGGAUGUGUAAAUAAUACGUCCUUUGGGUUUUUAACACCGCAUGUAAAGUCAAAAUAAACUAUUCAAAAGAAG